AUGAAGAAUAAUUGUGCCAAAGAAAAUUACUAAAAACCUUCAGAUUAUUUAGACGGAACAUAGGAAGAAUUGAAAGGAAAAAUAAAACUAUUAAUGAAUAAAUUGCAAUUAACUAAGAAAGAGAAGGAGAAUUUGACUAAAGAAAAUUAGAAUCUAUAGCAUGAGAUCCUAUAAAUGCAAUCUCAUCUAAGAUGCAUGGUAUCUGGGUUUUCAAACACAAGUAUAUAAUUUCCUAUGGCAAAUGAAUUAAGUAAUUCUAUUGCGGAAUUUUAUAAAUGCGAAUGUUUUGAUAUAUUUUUCGAUGUGUUGACUUAAGAAUUAAAUCUCAAAGGCAUUAUUUAUUUUUUUUCUGCUUCUAUGAUUCGGAUAGAUAAAAUAAUUCAAGAAUACUUUACACCACUAUUCAAAAAUAUAAUGGAGGUGGGAUGUUUCACUAACAUAGAUGGACCAAUAUUGAAUGUGAUGAGGAAAUCUUUUUAAGGAAAUUACAAACAGGUAUAUGAAAAAUGUAUGCGAAAUUACACAUCUAUCAGUAUAGAAUUAUAAAAAUACCUAAAAUUAAAUAGUAAUGAUUUGAUAGAGGCUUUCUUCAGUAAAUUAUCAGAAAUUAUGUUUAACUGUUACAUUAGCGAUCCUGUUUUAACAUUUGAUAUCUAAUCUAUUGGGUAGAAGAUAACUUUUAAUCAAUAAAAACAUGACCCAAUUGAUGGAUUCAUUAAGAACAAAGAAGAGUGUAUAAUAUUAAUGCCUGCAGUAUUUAAAAAUUAGGAACUAAUGGCCAAAUCUUUGGUGAUAUCCUAUUCGUAUUAAUUAGAAAAUAACUGA